GAAGAAAAGAGGUUCGUCAAUAAACAAACAAAACACAGCAAGAACGAACGAGUCUACCUACUCUACUUCCCAAGUCCCAACCUAAUAACUCCGCCGUGUCGUGUGACUUCAUCGAGUAAGGAACUUAUCCCAAUGGCUUCUACUUUCGUAACAGUACCUAAACCCUUCUUGUCUCUUUCCAUCAAAACCAAUGGUCCUCCUUCUCUACCUCACCAGACGAGCCUUCUCGGAUUUCGAAGAAACUCCCUUAGAAUUAACGCCGUCUCCACCAAAUGGGAACCGUCAAAGGUUGUUCCACAAGCAGACAGAGUCCUUGUCCGUCUUGAAGUGCCUUCUGAGAAAUCCUCAGGUGGAGUACUGUUGCCUAAAUCAGCUGUGAAAUUCGAGAGGUACCUAACAGGCGAGGUUGUCUCUGUUGGGUCUGAGGUCGGGGAAGUAGGACCUGGCAAGAAGGUUGUGUUCUCCUAUAUGAGCGCCUAUGAGGUUGAUUUUGGAACCGAUGCUAAGCAUUGCUUUUGCAAAGAAAGCGACUUAUUAGCAAUCGUCCAGUGAAAUCUGAAGAAAGCGACUUAGUUUCAUGAUCAGUGAACUGUGCAUUCAAUGGUGGUAUCAUCUACCAAAGAGUUUCAGGUUUUGUUUUUUCUUGUAAUUUCAGUGACAACAUAGAUGUUCUCUUGUUUGAAUCUCUUGUUUCUGACACUAGAUUCUGCUCACAAGCCAGAAUGUAAGAGCUCAAAGUGUUGAAUGGGAACAUGGAGAUUGAUCAGAAAACGAAAUUGUUAUGAGUCAACAAUAUUCCCAAACAGAAUUCGUUUUCUUUGCAACUUUCUCAUAGGAGAGAUAAAACCUUAUAUGUUCAUAGCUUAGAUUAGUGAACAACAAAUCGAUAUUAUAAGGUUUCCUGACUUGAACU